AAGAUGUUUUCAUUUAGUGGGAGGUCAUUUGUAUUUGAUCCAGUUCCCAGACCCCACAAAUAAAUGGGAAUUAUUGAAACCAUUGGUAAAGGAACAUAUGGCAAAGUUUUUAAAGUUAUGCACAAGGAAAAUGGGAGCAAAGCAGCUGUGAAAAUCUUGGAUCCAUUUCAUGAUAUUGAUGAGGAGAUUGAAGCAGAGUAUAACAUUCUCAAAGCAUUGUCAGAUCAUCCUAAUGUUGUCAAAUUCUUUGGAAUGUAUUUCAAGAAAGAUGUGAAAUCUGGUGACCAAUUAUGGCUUGUUCUUGAGCUAUGCAAUGGAGGAUCUGUAACCGAUCUUGCAAAAGGACUUCUGAAAAGAGGAGAAAGAAUGGGUGAAUCCAUUAUUGCUUACAUUCUGCAUGAAGCCCUUAUGGGACUUCAGCAUCUUCAUAAUCAUAAAACAAUUCAUCGUGAUGUGAAAGGGAACAACAUCCUACUGACUACUGAUGGAGGUGUCAAGCUGGUUGACUUUGGUGUAUCAGCCCAGUUAACAAACACGCGCCUCGAUCGAAAUACAUCUGUUGGCACACCAUUCUGGAUGGCCCCUGAGGUGAUUGCUUGUGAGCAACAAGUGGAUACCACAUAUGAUGGAAGAUGUGAUGUCUGGUCUUUGGGAAUUACAGCUAUUGAGCUAGGAGAUGGCGAUCCUCCUCUGGCCGACUUGCAUCCUAUGAGGGCUCUUUUUAAAAUACCAAGGAAUCCACCUCCAUGUUUGCGCCAGCCAGAGCUUUGGUCAACAGAAUUUAAUGACUUUAUUAGUAGAUGCCUUUCAAAGGAUUUUGAGAAACGACCAACAGUUUGUGAGCUUUUGGAACAUGCAUUUAUUAAGCAAAUUAAAGGCUGUGAGAAAAUGCUGCAAAAACAGCUAAUGGAAUUCAUAGAUAUCCAUCUACAAAUGGGGAUUAUGGAGAAAAAAAGGCAUGAGAGAAUUAAUACCAAGAAGGGAAAUUUAGGGGACUCUAUGACACUCAACCAGAAUGAUGUGGAUGACUUGGCAACUUUGGAAGUUCUUGAUGAGAACACAGUGACAGAUCAGCUGCAAAAGCGAUACCUCAGAGAUCAGAUAUACACUUAUGUGGGUGACAUACUUGUUGCUGUCAAUCCAUUCAGGAACCUGGAGCUAUACUCUCAGCAGUACUCGCAACUCUACAUUGGAGCAAAAAGGACUGCUAAUACUCCUCAUAUUUUUGCUGUGGCAGAUAUUGCAUACCAAUCCAUGGUUACAUACAACUCAGAUCAGUGCAUAGUAAUUUCUGGAGAAAGUGGUGCAGGAAAGACAGAAGGUGCCCAUCUUCUGGUCCAGCAGCUUACUGCCCUUGGCAAGGUGAAUAACAGGACUUUACAAGAGAAAAUUUUGCAAGUAAACAAUCUUGUAGAAGCUUUUGGAAAUGCCUGCACUAUUAUUAAUGAAAAUUCAAGUCGCUUUGGGAAAUACCUAGAAAUGAAGUUUACAAAAAAGGGAACAGUGGUUGCAGCCCAAAUUUCUGAAUACCUUCUCGAAAAAUCUAGGGUUGUUCAUCAAGCUCUAGGAGAAAAGAAUUUUCAUAUAUUCUAUUACCUCUAUGCUGGACUGUCAGUAGAGAAACAACUGACACAUUACAAACUGCCUGAAGAUAAGCCUCCCAGAUAUCUACACAAUGAGCAUAUUAAACUUGUGCAAGACUUUAUCAAUAACAGUUUCUAUAAAUCCCAGUUUGACCUUAUUGAACAAUGUUUCAAAGUAAUAGGUUUCACAAUGGAGGAACUUGAAAGUGUGUAUGGUAUCCUUGCUGCCAUUCUGAAUGUGGGCGACAUUAAUUUUAUUUCAGUGGCAUCGGAACAUCAAAUAGAUAAAAGCCAUGUCUCAAAUCCAUCUGUUCUUGAAACUUCAGCCACCUUAUUAUGCAUUCAGGCAGAAGAAUUGCAUGAUGCCUUAACUUCUCAUUGUGUGGUUACUCGUGGUGAAACUAUAAUCCAACAAAACACUGUGGAAAAGGCAUCUGAUGUCCGAGAUGCUAUGUCCAAAGCUCUGUAUGGUCGGCUCUUUAGCUGGAUUGUCAACCGAAUUAAUGCUUUAUUGAAACCUGAGGAUAAUUUAAGUGAGGAGGAUGCUGGAUUUAACAUUGGAAUCCUUGAUAUAUUUGGCUUUGAAAACUUUAAAAAGAACUCAUUUGAACAACUCUGCAUUAACAUCGCAAAUGAACAAAUACAGUUCUACUUUAAUCAACAUAUUUUUGCAUGGGAACAGAAUGAAUAUUUAAAUGAAGAUGUGGAUGCAAAGGUUAUUGAGUAUGAGGACAACAGACCUCUUUUGGACAUGUUCUUACAAAAACCAAUGGGCUUGCUUUCUCUUCUUGAUGAGGAAAUCCGGUUUCCAAGGGCAACUGAUCAAACGCUUGUGGAAAAAUUUGAAGAUAAUCUCAAAUCAAAGUAUUUUUGGAAACCGAAGAGGGUUGAUUUAACAUUUGGAAUCCAUCAUUAUGCAGGAAAGGUUCUUUACAAUGCAAGUGGCUUUCUGGAAAAAAAUAGAGAUACUUUACCAGCUGAUAUUGUGCUGCUGCUCCGCUCCUCUGAGAACAAACUCAUCCGCAUAUUGGUAACUAAUCCUCUAACAAAAACAGAAGACAUACAAGGGGUUCUCCUAGAAAUGAGAUCACUAUUUGGAGAUCUUAGAAAAGAUUUCAGCGCAUUGGAUAACAGGGUACUGAAGAUAGAAGAGCAACAGGGAACCUUUACAGAAAAAGUCAAACAACAAGAAGAAGAUUUAAGGAGUCAGUCAGAACAAAUCUUUUAUUUAACGGAUAAAAUGGAGGACCUGGACAACCGUUGCAGGCGCAACAACCUCAGGUUCAGGGGGAUCUCUGAAUAUGUCCACCCCCCAGCAAUUGAAGGCUAUCUACAAGCCCUUUUUAGGGGGAUGCCUUGCAAGAGACAAAACAAAGCAGGACAAUCCGGGUCUUCUAACCCCCUAAGCCAAUUCCUAAAACCAGUUGAACCCAGUUCUGAAACUACUUGUGAAAACAUGGCUAACAAACAAGUUACCACAACAGCCCAAGUUUUACAGACAGAUGCUCCCCAGACAUCUUAUAUCACAAAAAAUGAUAUACAACAUCUAUCAUCAAAAGAAGACAUACAAGGGGUUCUCCUAGAAAUGAGAUCACUAUUUGGAGAUCUUAGAAAAGAUUUCAGCGCAUUGGAUAACAGGGUACUGAAGAUAGAAGAGCAACAGGGAACCUUUACAGAAAAAGUCAAACAACAAGAAGAAGAUUUAAGGAGUCAGUCAGAACAAAUCUUUUAUUUAACGGAUAAAAUGGAGGACCUGGACAACCGUUGCAGGCGCAACAACCUCAGGUUCAGGGGGAUCUCUGAAUAUGUCCACCCCCCAGCAAUUGAAGGCUAUCUACAAGCCCUUUUUAGGGGGAUGCCUUGCAAGAGACAAAACAAAGCAGGACAAUCCGGGUCUUCUAACCCCCUAAGCCAAUUCCUAAAACCAGUUGAACCCAGUUCUGAAACUACUUGUGAAAACAUGGCUAACAAACAAGUUACCACAACAGCCCAAGUUUUACAGACAGAUGCUCCCCAGACAUCUUAUAUCACAAAAAAUGAUAUACAACAUCUAUCAUCAAAAGAAGACAUACAAGGGGUUCUCCUAGAAAUGAGAUCACUAUUUGGAGAUCUUAGAAAAGAUUUCAGCGCAUUGGAUAACAGGGUACUGAAGAUAGAAGAGCAACAGGGAACCUUUACAGAAAAAGUCAAACAACAAGAAGAAGAUUUAAGGAGUCAGUCAGAACAAAUCUUUUAUUUAACGGAUAAAAUGGAGGACCUGGACAACCGUUGCAGGCGCAACAACCUCAGGUUCAGGGGGAUCUCUGAAUAUGUCCACCCCCCAGCAAUUGAAGGCUAUCUACAAGCCCUUUUUAGGGAAAUCUUGCACAUACAAAAACCAAAGAAGGAAAACAUUCACAAUCAUGGGCUAAGCAGAAAUCACCAAGUCAUAAUAAGACAUUUAAAAAAGAAUGAAGAAACUCUAAUGGAGUAUAAAGACAGCAGUAGUAAUAUAGGGAUGGAUGAUAUUCAAGACAUUGAAACUUUAAAAGUUUUGGAAGAUUUGAUUGUAGAUAAUAUGGAUCCCAGAAAUGUAAGGACCAUUUUAUCCUAUGAUCAACAUACCUCCUACAAACCAAAUUUGGUUUUCUACCCAGUACAGUCCAAAGGACACUCAAUCCCUGUGUUCAGCAAUCUGGUUCAGGAAGAUUUCAAUAAGAUGUGUCAGUCCUAUAAAAUUAAGAAAGAUAAUUUAUCUAAGAAGGAGAAAAAACUAUUGGAAGAAAUGAAAAACGAUAGGGAGAUAAUUUCAGGCACAUUUAAUGAGCCAGAGAUUUCCGAGGUAGGCCGAAGCCUGGAUUUUCCUGAAAAAUCCUCUGGAACUCCUUUCUGGGUAGAUCGAAAUUUGCCUCAAACUCAGCCAAAUUUCAGCCAAUGGUCCCUUGUAUAUUCUCUCAUGGAUUUGUUGUCAAAGAUGGUGGCUGGCCAGCCUCACUUUGUACGAUGUAUUAAGCCCAAUAAUGAUCGUCUAGCAAGUAAGUUUGAUCGAGAAAAAGUUCUAGUGCAACUGAGAUAUACAGGCAUUUUGGAAACUGCACGGAUUCGCCGAAUGGGAUAUUCACAUCGUUUACUUUUUUGCCACUUUAUUACAAGGUAUCACUUAAUAAGCUAUAAGUCAAAUGAAGACCCUCCAGUUAGUCCUGAAAGUUGUUUGGCUAUACUGGAAAAAGCAAACCUUGAGAACUGGAUCUUGGGUAAAACAAAGGUAAUUCUUAAAUAUUAUCAUGUUGAACAACUGGAUCGAAUGGUAAAGACCAUAGUUGGACGAAAAGUUUUCCUUCAAGCCGUGGUUAAAGGAUGGCUGGGUGCAAAAAGAUAUAAAAAAAUACAAUUAAAAAUGGAACAAACAGCGCUGGUAUUGGAGUGCGCUUACAGGGGCUAUGUUGUACGUAAAGAAACUGAACAAACAAAACAAGUAAACACAGAGAAGUUGGAGGACUUUAUCACAAGAUUCCAGGCUGUUGCCAGAGGGUAUAUAGUAAGGAUGAAAAGGAAUGAAAUGCUGGAAAUGGAGAGUGAAGCGGCAACAAAAAUUCAGUCUCACUAUCGAGGUUUCAAACAAAGGAAAAGCUUCCAAAGAAAAAGGGAAUCAAUAAAGAAAAAGGAAUCUGAAAGCAAAGAUGGCAAUACCGGGAAUGAUGAACCAGAUGAAAAGAAUCAUGAGAGUGAAAUUUCUAAUGGUAAAAGUGAAGAAGAAGCUGCUGUUGUCAUCCAAAGCCAUAGUAGAGGACACGAAGAAAGGAAACAAAUGAAAGAAAGCCACCAUAAAGUGUCAGAUGAAGGAGAUGUAACUGAUGCAAAUGACAAAAUGGAAAUUCUGUCAACUGCAGAAGAGGAGGAAUAUGAUAAAAAUGUUGAUGAGGUUAAUAACAUGAAUGAUAAAGAAGAUAAGGCUGCCACCAUAAUCCAGAGUAAUUAUCGUGGUCAUAGAGAUAGGAAGAAACUCCAAGAAGAAAGAAACAACAAUUUAGGAAACAACCAUGAUGCCACACAUAACAUUGAUCUACAUAAAAAGCAAGAUAUUCUAGAGGUUGAAAAUAAUGACGAUGAUGAAAACAUUUCUGAAAAAGCCACGUCGGACCAUGAUGAACAACAUGCCAUCCUACAGGUCCAUAAAAGUUUCUGA